AUUCACGAUUCACGAUUCACGAUUCACAAUUUGAGAGUCAAGUGCGGAGGACGUCAGGUCGCAAGCAUGAGUCUGAGGUCACUCAUGAUUACUACUCGACUCACGACUACGACGACACUCUGAUAGGGUGCAUGAUCGACACCUUUGGCGAGCGCGUCGUCUCCGUAGCUGAACUCAACAUCAAACUCUGAUCCGCCUCGUGCACGACCUACGCAAUGGCGUCUCAGCAACCUAAUCAAUCAUCGGUGGACCUGUCCACUUUGCCCUCCUACUCGUCCAGCUGGUCACACCCGCUGCGUUUGACCACCUGUUUAGCGGUGCAAUACUCUUCUCGACGUUUGACAGAACGACUAAGAGCUCUGGAAAGCGGAUCUACCAGUCAGGAUCGAGGUGGGUCAACAUCACAGGAUGAGGACAUCUCGUUGGGCGUCAGUCUAGAGAACGACGUCAAAGAACUGAGUCUUGGAGACGAUGCAGCAGAGAGCGGGCGUAUGGCCAGCCAAGAGCAGAGCUGGGCCGCCGAGAGGAAGCGUCGCAGCAAACAAGUCCUGCGAGAGGAUUGGGAGGACUACUGUGCCAGGUUCUUGACUGCGACCUGCCAGCACCUUGGCAUCUCAGAAGAGAUCUUGCCACCUGGGGACACGUACCUCUCAGAUAUUCUGGACGCCUCAAGAGGCCGACCAGUGAAGCUUGCCUCGGAUGCAUCAGGCGCUACAGAUGCACCUCAGCAAGAGCCCCAAGCAGCAGAGCACGAAACUGGAAGCUCUCGCGAAUGGGCGACGAAGCACAACACCACGUCACAGUCCACGUCUACCGAGCCGACCGCCUCAGACACCGCGGAGCAGGUUCAGAAUGGCUCGACAAAGGCGGAUGGCGUGGACGAAGAGGCCGUUCGGAAAAUGGAAGAGGAAGCGACCACGACGAACGAGCAGCUGGCCGAGGUGUCCAAGCUGGUCUCUUCCGUACAGCGAGGUGAAGGAGCUUUGACGGAUGAAGCCGGACAAGGCAAGGACGUCGAAGUUGUGCAUGAUUUACUGCUCGUUGCGCUAGGUCUCGGACAGUACCGAGCCUCGGAUGGUGCCACAACUUUGUUCGAGAGCGAUAGUGUGUUUGAUCCGUUUGAGCCCAAUGCGGGCUCUGGAGCCAAAGAUCCGCACAGACCAGCAAAAGACGGACACGCUGAAGAAGAGGAGCAUUACGCUUCACAUGAUACCGAGAAGAGCACACAUAGGCUUGCUACUGGAGAGUCUAGGCCUUCUCCACCACCCAUCCCGGAGGCGUCCACACCUCAGCAAGACGCCACCAAUGUCGGCGCCAAGACCUGGAGCGCGAUCAGUGGCGGAGCAAAGACAGGUUGGCGAGGUGUGUCGGGCGCAGCGAGAGAUGGAGCCAGCUUUUUGUCCUCCGGAGCUAAAGACGUGAAAGCUAGCGCCGCUGGCAAGGCGGAGGUUGCUCAACCUGGGGAGAGAAAGUCUGCGAAAAAGACACCGACCAAGCCGAACGAUCCCUUUCGAUACGAUGCGAGGGCCCGAGCGGUAAUUUGGGUCGCCGCGCUCUCUAUGGGUAUCGAGACACGGGAAAUCACCGGCGCAGAAAAGGUGAUGGCUCAGAGUGUUUACUUUAUCAUGGAGGAAGGUCGAUCGAGGGCUCAGAAGGAAGGCAAGAGCGAUCCUCUGGUCGAAGCCAACUUGCUGAAAGCUGCAAGUAGCUCUUCGACGAGCGACGAAGCUGCCAACGCUCGCAAAGACUGGAUGAACAGAGCUUCAGAACAAGCCGUAACAAAGGAAAAGUCGAAGGCGAAUUGGGGAAAGUGGGCGGCCACCGGUGCUGGCUUCGCUAUAGGUGGCGUGGCUAUCGGCUUGACGGGUGGACUGGCAGCUCCUCUUGUCCUUCCGGCUCUGGCAGGACUCACCGGCGUGGGCUUUCUCGCUACCACCGGUGGAGUAGUCAUGAUGGGGACGCUUUUGGGUCUUGGUGGAGGUGGACUCGCAGGAUACCGCAUUACUCGGCGGUUGAGAGGAGUCUCAGACUUUGCCUUCUCCGAGAUCAGCUCAAAUGCUGCGCGCGAAGCGGGCUUAGCGAUCCCCUCGCUCAACGCGACCAUCUGUGUCAGUGGCCUCAUCUUAGACGAGAGACAGCAGACGGGCAUAUGGGCCGAUGCAUUGAGCGAAUCGAAUGCGCCCGAAGAAUUGGCGUCGCGAUCCGGCAAGGAUCAAGAGGCUGACGAUGAGGCGGCAAAUAGAAGGGUGAAGGGGUCCGAAGAUGCCGACAUCUUUGCAGUCGAGUGUGAGAAGCAGGCCAUGGCUGAAGCAGGGCGUGGCUUGAACACCUACACUCGAGACGCGCUCAUCAGGACGGGUGCGAGCCAGGGUGGUCAAGCUGUUCUGAAAACCACUGCUUUGGCUGGCCUGGCUGCCAUUACCCUACCACUUACGGUCUACUCGGCCGCUUCAGCUGCGCUGGACUCGUACUUUGUUCGCGCCAAAACCCGCUCUCACAAAGCUGGUUUGUUACUGGCCGACGUUCUCAAGGACAAGGUGCAGGGAGAAAGACCAGUCGUGUUGAUCGGCACUUCCUUGGGUUGCACCACCAUCUUGACCGCCUUGCUCGAGCUCGCUAAAGAACCCGACAAUGCCAAGCUCGUCAGCGAUGUCUUUCUCAUUGGCGCACCCAUCACACCGUCGCUCUCGGAGCUCAAACAAGCCCGAAGCAUCGUCUCUCGUCGAUUUGUGAAUGCUUUUUCUUCUAAAGACAUGGUCUGCUCUAUCGCUGCCUACCUCGGCUCUACCUUUAGCCUGGAGGACGUAAAGUCAGGUCGAAUCUUGCCACGCGUAUUGGGCUCCAGAGCUUGCCUGGGCGUGCCUGGACUCGAGAAUGUCGACAUUGCGGAUCUGGCACCUGGGCAUUACGACUUGCUCGCGCCUGGUGUCCUCGCUCAAAUACUGGAGCGCCUUGGGGCUCUGACGGACUAAUUUCUCAAUCAUCAUUGUCUGCGCGAGCACGAUGCUUGGCAUCAUGGAUAGUCACAUUUCCGGCGUGAACAUGUGCCAAAAUCUGCAGUCAGAGCGUAGAUGCUCUGGGUGGGAUUCCUGUACCUGCCGCCG